AUGGCUCAAGAUUCUACUUCUCCCGUCAAAACCACUAAAGCUCUUGAUGAUUAUGUUCUAUUAGGUCGUAGUGGGUUGAGAGUUUCUCCAUUAUGUCUUGGCGCUAUGACUUUUGGAGAAUCAUGGGGAUUAGGUGCUACUAAAGAAGAAUCGAAAAAGGUUUUUGACCUUUAUUAUGAAAAAGGUGGAAAUUUUUUUGAUACCUCUUGCAAUUAUAAUUUUGGUGACAGUGAACGCUUCCUUGGAGAUUACGUUUCCGGUAAACGAUCCGAUGUUGUGAUCGCAACAAAAUAUACAUGUAAUAAUACUUUUAUGCAAAAGGAAAAGAGAUUCAAUCCGAAUUUCGGAGGAAAUCAUCGAAAGAGUCUUGUAGAAAAUUUGGACGAAAGUUUGAAACGAUUGAACAUGAGUUAUGUUGAUAUUUUAUAUGUCCAUAUCUUUGAAUAUCGAACUCCCAUCGAAGAAAUGAUGAGAUCAUUAGAUGACGUAGUUCGAAGUGGAAAGGUUUUAUAUGUCGCUGCAAGCGAUAUUCCGUCUUGGGCAUUCACUCGUGGUAAUACCAUUGCUGAAUUACGUGGAUGGAGCCCCUUCAUUGGACUUCAAGCGCGUUAUAAUUUGUUGGAUCGUACGUCAGAAUUUGACUUACAACCUGCUUGUGCUGAACUUGGUGCUGGAAUUAUUCCAUGGGGCAUCAUUGCGGAUGGUUUUCUUACCGGAAAAUAUACGAAGGAAUCAACCAUUGAUAUAAAAUCUGGUUAUCGCAAUCAAGCAAUUGCGGGUCAUUUUAAACAUGAACAAAAUUGGAAAAUUUUAGAUGAAGUUGUUGCUAUUUCAAAAGAAAUUAAUAGAUCUCCCGUUCAGGUUUCUUUGAAUUGGAUUCAACAAAAACCUGGCGUUACUUCUCCUUUAAUUGGUGCUAGAACCGUUUCUCAGCUCGAAGAAAAUCUUAAAUCACUUGAAUUCAAAUUGACGCCUGAACAAAUGAAAAGACUUGAUGAUGUUUCUCAACCAACUGGACGUGAAGUUCCAUUUCCUUAUUCAAUGACUGACUCAUUUGAUGUUUUUAUUGGAAAAAAUAUGCAAGUUCCAAAUAAAUUUGCACCUAUUGUGAAUACAUAUAAUUAUGGAAGAUUAUUUUAAUGUAAAAAAUUAUAAAUAGGUUUUUAUUUUUAAAGUAUUUUGUAAAAUUGUAUAUUGUGUAUAUUUUAUGUCUUUCAAUUUUAUGUCUUUCAAUUUUAUGUCUCUCGAUUUU